GAAGCACCCGUGUAACAAGAACGGCGGUCGUUUGUGGCCGUGCGUGCCGCGGCACUCCCGCGCCUUCCGCAACAAAUCUCGUGUAGAAUUCUUGGUUAUCCUACUCGGCUUCUACUGGCACCCGCGCGUCUCUCGUGGGCACUAUCGCAUCUUGAGUCGCUCGUUACCUUUCACUCCUCAUCCGUCGCGUCGCGUCACGUCGCGUCACGUCGCGUCGUGUCGUGUCGUGUCGUAGAGUCGUUACAGCCCGCGUGUCGGGACCGUGAUGGCUCGACCUAACGUGGCGGGCUCGGAGGCUGCUCCUACGGAGGAGACGUGGUACCCGCUCGUUCUGGGGGACUCCUUCCGCCCCAACGCGCCCGUGCAGUAUUACACGCUCCGAUACGAGUUCAAGCCCGCGUCGAUCGAUUCCGCGCGCCCCGGCACGCUGCGGCGGGGCGGGGAGAGCCGCGGGGAGAGCAAGGUGGGGGUGGAGCUGCCGAACAACCAGCCGGGGAAACCGCCCGUGGAGUUCGAGGGCCACGUAGACCCGUGCCGCGACGGGGAGGGCCUCGUGUUCUUCGACGGGCGCUCCUUCCGCCUGGAGCGCCUGAACUACGCCGUGCGCAACCUGCGCCACGUGCGCAUGGCCAAGGAGAAACCCGCGGGCACGGCGGGCACGGCUGACGCGCUCGCGGGGGGAGCAGCGGAGCGUGACGGAACAGGGGCAGCAGCAGCAGCAAAGCGCAAGAAGGGCAAUGGUGCAGCAGCAGCAGCAGACCCGGGGGCAGGGAACGAGGGGGGUGGUUUGCCCGGCUCCGCUUCCUUGGCUGCUGCUGCUGCAGCUCGGGAUAGCAAAGCCAUUGCUGGUGGCUUUGGUGCUUCUGGGGGUGGUGUUGCUGGUGGUAGAGGACGGGGUAUGGGCGAGGGGGUAGGCGCAUCAGGCGCUUCCAAUGCUAGCAAGGGGAGAGAUUACAGUGUGGGGAUGAACAGAGGCGGUACUGCUGCUGCUGGUGCUGCUGGUGCGGGUGGGGGAGGAGGAGGGGGAGGGAUGGGGGAUGGUGGAAUUGGACGGUUCAACACUGCUAGUACUUCUUAUGCUGCUUCAUCAGCAGCUAAGGACGCUUACGGGGGGGGUUCCGCGUCGCUCUACCCCAGCAAAACGGGGGUUGUAGAGCAGAUAGAGGUGGGGGGCGGUGGGGAGGAGGUGGGGGAGGAGGAGGAGGUGGAGUAUGAAGAGAUCGAGGUAGAGGAGGAGGAGGAGGAGGAGGAGGGACGGCCGCAAGGAGAUGCAGGGGAAGGGGCAGGCGGAGGGGCAGGGCAAGGGGCAGGGGAAGGGGACGGGGCGACGGCCAAACCGCAGGGAUCUGAUGGGAGCAGCAGCUCUGGGAGUGCUAGUGGGAGUGGGAGUAGCAGCAGCAGCGGGAGUGGCAGCAGCAGCGGCAGCAGCAGCAGCAGUGGGAGUGGGUCUGAUGAUGAUGAUGACGAUGAGGAGGUGGGGAAUGAGGAGUCUGCUAGCUCAGAGGACGAUAUCUGCUGAGGGGGGAGGGCGUUGGUCAUGCCAGGCUUCGGUUCGGUGGCUUAUAGUGGUAGACUGCUCCUUGUGAACUUGUUGUGACUGCUCCUUGUGGAUUUUUCAGCUGGUCGAGAUGUAGUGGGUAUGUAAUUGUAUACGGCGCCAGGAAUAAUCAAAUGCAUCUUGU